ACACUACUUGCAAGGCGCUGGUGGAGCUAUUUGCCCAGCAACGUUACUCAUUGCGUUUGUCACAAUAGGAUAUAUUUCUUCUUUCUUCAUCAAGUCGUGCCGAAAAGAUGGGCAAAGACCGUUAUCAGCACCACUUCGAACAUCAGCCUGAUACGCCUGCUACAACUGAUGGAGCACGGCCUCCCCAGUUUGACACGGUUAAUUGCCGCUCUCGCAUCGGCUGCACUUGCACCAGUUGCCGCGGUGAAGGUCAGUCUGACGGCGCAGGCGGCGGCGGGAGCCUCACCAACUCGACCCCGGCGCUUAGUUAUGUCCGCUCGGAUACGGCAUCUGAGGAUGGCAACUCUGUCGAAGGCGAGGAAGGGGUAGCAGACCACCAUCUCUGGGUCCCGGAACAUGGCUGGAUCAGCAUUCGCGCCUUCAACACAGCUCAGUCAAAGCACGAACUGUGCACUUGCCACAAUGGCGUCCUUCCAGAGAGCAAUGACUAUCCGUUCGGCUCCCCCUCGGCUUCUGGUUCCCUCGCGAAUGCCUCAAUGAAGGUGGAGUCAAGUGGCGAUGAGCACGGUCUCGAUGCCUAUACACUUUUUGCAUUGAGCCAGUGGGACACCUGCACCAGUUCGAGCGGUAUCCUGCCCUACGUAGGUCAGCAUUUUCACGGCGAGACGGUCAAAUCGUGUGCUACUCCGCACCACUUUACUGCUCCGCCGCUCAAAGUCACUCAUGAGCGUGAGUUCUGCCGUAACAUGAUUAUCGGCGUCUCUUACGACGAGCUACCAUACGGACUUGACCUCAGCAUUUCCGAGGAUGCAACUGGCGAUCACAGCAGGUACGAUGUGGGUGAGCGAUUACGAGGCACUGAACGGGUAGCACGCUACUCCUGAUGCGCAUUAAAGGAACAAAUGAGACGGCCACAGGCGGGGGAGUUAGGACAGGGCAACACAUUGACUGAAGUUUCAGGGCUGGGUAUUCGAUGUUGCUGCCGGUACUCUUUUCUGCGAUUAUCAUUACUGUACAAUCACCAUAACAAACAUGGAAUUAGUUCUUCCGCCGUCUCUGGGACUGUCUGCUACUCUGUCCACACAUGCUGUUUAUAGUACUCCUCUAAUCUCCGUCGAGCCGACGAUGCUCGCGCCCACUCCGCUUCCUACUUGCUUCAUUUUGCCAACAAGUGUAUGGGUAGAAGGCCGUGAGUCAGACACCAUGAGAGCACACUGAUGUUACAAGAAUGAAAUUCCAGACCUAUCUUGCUACUAUGAGGCGCUCGAGUAAUUGCG